AUGCGGCUUGCCGGGGUAUUACACGAGCAAAGGGAUUCGAUCAAGGCCGGUUGGCUCUCUUUCCUAGCUCUGCGCUCGCCUACAUACACGCAUGAGCGCAGCGUCUUCAACAAGAUAAUCACAAGGACUUUUGGUAUAACCCGCAGAUAUAGCCUGACGGCCGGUGUGGGCGCUCUUAUGCUCGGCCACCUGACCUGGUAUCUGCCCAUGUACGCCGCUCUUAGAUGGGCCGACAGCAUGGUCUCAUCCGCACCGGUCACGCCCGAGGAGCCGAGACAGACACAGCACGAACCAGCACCUCCUGCUUCUCAUCUGAAAGUUCACCCUCACCAUCAGUACGACCCCCGGGGACCUGCCAAGAUCCACGAUACAUCCCGACCAGUGGGAAGCCCGCCCGAAUCCAAUGCCACCAAAUCAAGAAUCGAAGCUGCACGCUUCUUGGUCGCACAUAAGACCUGGUUCUUCACGGGGACCUUUCUGAUGGGAGGCUUGGCUCAUUGGACACUGCUGGACGCGCGGCGAAAAGAAUUGCCUGGUUUCAGGCCAUGGAUGUUUCCGGCAAAUAUCGCAUUUAUGGUUGUCACGCAGAUCUCUACGGUUCGCGCUCUAAAAACGGCCAAAUUUCUACUUGUGGCCGAAGAACGAGCUGAUGUCCGCAGCGAGUGGUAG